GUGUACAUGUGCAAAUAAUUAUAUUUUUUUGUUAAUGUAAGUCCUAUUUCGAGAAUAAAAACAUGGAAGUCCUAUUUUGAUAUAAGUAUUAAAUACAAGUUCCACUAUUUACCAUCAUGAUCAAUGUUCAAUUCAUCUCUCUCAAUGACCGUUUGAUCUGGGUUUGAAGUUUCAGAAACUUGCGAUCCGUUUGGACGAAGAAGAAAGGUUUCAUAUUAUAAUCUGUCUCUUUAUAUGCUGAAACCAAAGCUCAGAGCUUUGUUAGACAAACAUCUAAUCAUCAACCAAGCAAAGCAAAUCCAUGGCGUCAUACUCACCAACGGCCUCCGCGAUCUCGAGCCUCCCCUGCUCCUCCGCCUCCUUCUUUCUGCAAAAUCUCACGGCGGAAGCACUCUCCAGUACGCCAAAUCCAUGGUUCAGUAUAUGCACAAAUCGGACACCUUUUGUUUUGGAUCCGCGAUUCGGAUUCUCACUGAGAAUUCUCGGUUCGGAGAGGCGAUUUCUCUCUAUGUUCGGUUUCAGAGUCUCGGAAUCGGCAGCCCGAGCACCUUUGCAAUCUCUUCCGCCGUGAAAUCGUGUUCGAGGAUUCGGGACGUGGUCGCGGGGAGUUGUCUCCAUGCGCAGAGUUGGAAGAAUGGGUUUUGUGGGGAUGUUUAUGUCCAAACUUCUCUUGUUGAUUUUUAUUCGAAGAUGGGGAGAAUGGGUUGUGCACGAAAGGUGUUCGACGGUAUGCCUGUGAGAAAUGUGGUUUCUUGGAACUCGAUUCUGUCUGGAUACGUGAAAUCGGGAGACAUGGAAACGGCAAGGGUUGUGUUUGAUGAGAUUCCAGAAAGAGACGUGGUUUCUUGGAACUCGAUGGUUUCUGGGUAUGCAGGGGUUGGGAAUAUGGAGAGUGCAUACGAACUGUUUGUGAAAAUGCCCGAGAGAAGUUGUGCUUCAUGGAAUGCAAUGAUAAGUGGAUACAUACAGUGUGGAAAGAUAGAUUUAGCUCGUAGCUUCUUUGAUUCUAUGAACAAAAGAAAGAAUCAAGUCACGUUCACGGCCAUGAUUUCCGGGUACUCGAAAUCUGGGGAUGUGGAAUCUGCUAGGAAGUUGUUUCAAGAAAUGACUGAUGAAAAAGAACACAGCGUUUAUAAUGCAAUGAUAUCUACAUAUGCUCAAAAUGGCCGACCAGAAGAAGCUCUCAAGCUGUUCGACGAAAUGCUUCAAUCAAAGCUUCAACCGGAUUACAUGACAUUAGCUUCUGCCAUUUCAGCUUGUUCUCAAUUGGGAGAUCUAAAAUCCGGUUCUUGGAUUGAAUCAUACAUGAAGGAACAAGGAAUCCAGAUGGACGAUCAUCUCGCAACCGCUUUUCUUGAUCUUUACGCGAAGUGCGGCAUUACAGAAAAAGCUUACGCGUUGUUUCUGGGUCUACGAAAUAAAGACGUCACGGCCUAUACUGCAAUGAUAUUGGGAUUCGGAGUUAACGGUAAGGCUAAUGAUGCAAUUAAUCUGUUCAACGAAAUGAUUAGCUCCAAAAUCAAACCUAAUUUAGCAACAAUUACUGCAAUCUUGACUGCUUAUUCGCACAUGGGAUUGGUAGAAGAAGGUUACCGUUUCUUUAGAUGCAUGGAGGAGAGGUACGGGCUGUCUCCAACCGUAGAUCAUUACGGUAUAGUUGUUGGUCUCUUGGGCCGGGCAGGGAGGUUAGAAGAAGCUUAUGGUUUGAUAAAGGGGAUGACAAUGGAGGCCCAUGUUGGGGUGUGGGGUGCUUUGCUUCAUGGUUGCAGCCUGCAUUGUAAUUUGGAGAUUGGCGAGGAGGCAGCAAGGCACUGUUUGGGUGUGGAGAAUGGCGGCGGUUACCGCUCCCUUCUUGCUAAUGUUUAUGCUUCUGUGGGAAGGUGGGAUGACGCUGAGAGGUUGAGGCAGUCUGUUAAUGGGAAUGAAUGGUUUGCCAAGCUGGCCGGUUCCAGUCGGACUGAAGAUGAUGAUAGUUUAGCAGAAAAUGAAUUCAUGUCGGGAUCAAAGUUGGCGAUGGCACGGGCUGAGGUCACGCGGCUUGUUGCUCUUCAAUCAAUGCAGGAGGGACAAAAAAAUUGCACUGUCAUCACGUACCUUCUUCGAUGAUCGAUCGUACAUGUGUCAUACAUUCAGAUGUACGGUAUUUUUCGUACAUUCAUAUGAAUAUUCAUUAUCGAGUAAAUGAAUAUUCAUUUUCGAUUAACAAAAUAUUCAUUUUUGAAUAAUUGAAUACUCAUUUUCGAACAUAACUGAAUUUUAAAUAAAUGAGUACUCAGUUACUCGAAAAUAAAUAUUCACUUGUUUGAAAAUGAGUAAUCAAUUGCUUGUAAAUGA